CUACUAUCCAGCGUAGCACAGCGAAUGCAACGGCGCGUUUAGUGCCUCAAAGUCACUCGCGGACGGCGCACCGUACCAUGCUUGUACGCUGUCCGCUUCUCCACUCAUCCUCGGAAGACGUAGUCGUCGGUAUUCCCCGCAGGGGCUGGCCGAUGUAAAACGGACCACGAGUGCCGUGAACCGGGAUGGUGGAUAGUCUAGGAGCAGCGAGCUGCUGAACCGAGUCCUCUGACUUUUGCGGGCUCGGGCUUCCGGUGAACGGUGUCUGGUGGUCUUCAGCUCCUCACUGGCUGCUCCGACGGGCGAUGGCGUCUGGAGCCCGUACGAAGGAAGAUGACGACUUCCAGGAUGCCAAGGAGGACGGGGAUCACGAGGUCUUCGAAGACGCACUAGACAUCACAAGUUCGAGGAUCGAGACCAGGCCGAUGGAGACCAUCAACGUGGAGCUGGCGGCCGAAGAAGCGACGCGGGCCUUGGACCUGUUGCUCAGCAACCAGUUUGGAGAGGCACUCAAGCGCAUGAAACCCAAGGCACACGAAAGCAUGUACCAUGCCCUGGGGCAGUCCACAAUCAUGUUCAUGCAAGCCGUGCUCACGAUGGAUAUGAGCGACAUCAAGGCAGCGCAAGAGGCGAUUCGACAAGGGGUCGACGUCUGCAAUCGACUCCGGCGAAGAACUUCGGCCGUGGCUCGCAUGCUGUUGCGGCCCGACUAUAACGCCUACUCCAUGGAGGAGAUCCACGCGGAACUCUGCUACGCCGAAUGCCUGCUCGAGAACGCCAUCUUGACGUUCGUCGAAGACCAAAGCCUUGUGACCUUCAUCAAGGGAGGACUCAAAAUCCGGUCUUGCUACCAGUCAUACAAGGAGUGCAUGCAGAUGCUGGCAACAAGGAACUGGGAGACCUCCAAAGAGAAGGAGCACUUCGAGAGCGGCGUUCAUCUGGGCGUCGGAGCCUUCAACUUGCUAAUAUCACAGCUUCCAACAAGGAUCCUGAAGCUUUUGGAAUUCAUUGGCUUUUCUGGGAAUAAGGUGCUGGGUCUACGAGAGCUUGAAGAGGGAUGCAUGAUGCAGGACUACCUCCGAGGACCCCUGUGCAGCAUCGUUCUCGUUGCCUACCACACAUUUGUCCUGUACAUUCUCGGCCUCGGUGAUGGCGACCUUGAACUCUCGGAAAGGCUAGUGAAGGGUCUGCUACAAAAAUAUCCAAAGGGUGUACUCAGUUUGUACUUCAAUGCCAGGAUGCAUCAAGUGAAAGGUCAAAUAGACAAUGCAAUAAACCAGUAUUACGAGGCGAUUGAGGCACAGAACGAGUGGAUUCCGUUCCACUACAUCUGCUACUGGGAGCUCCUUUGGUGUCACAGCUUCAAGUGCGACUGGGACAAGGCCAUCGACACGGCAGAUGUCCUCCGCAAGGGCUGCCGGUGGUCGAAGGCCACCUACGUCUACAUCGAGGCCUCAUGCCUCUACGCCAAAUACAAGGAUGGCAGCACUGAUCUCAUCGACGAGGUGGCCAACUUGCUCAGACAAGUACCAGGCUUGAAGCAAAAGAUAGCCGGAAAGUCCAUUCCUAUUGAGAAGUUUGUCAUGAAGAAGUCACAAAAGUUCUUCGACAAUGGACGAAGGCUCACUCUGCCUGUUGUGGAGAUCAUGUACAUGUGGAACAGCUUCCCCAUGAUUGGACGGAACGAGAAGCUCCUCCUGCAAAUUCUGGGUUUGAUCGAGAACGCCCUCCCUGAGGUUUCUCGAGAAAAAGAAAUCGACGAGAGGUAUGUGGACGACUUCUGCCUCGUCAUGCUCCUGAAGGGAGUGUGCAUGCGCUACAUGGGGCACCCUCUUCAGGCCGAGGAAUGCUUCCUGGAAGUGUUCAAGUUCCAAGAACAGAUCCUGGAGGACACAUACCUGCUACCUUUUGCCGCUGCUGAGAUGGGCUUCCUGUCCAUGCAGCAGCAGCAGUACUCCAAGGCCAAGGAGUGGCUUGACCAGGCCAGGAACAACUAUCGUGAUUACCUCCUGGAAUCGCUGGUCCACUUCCGGAUCCACUCGGCACUGAAGUCCCUACGCAGCAGCGGCCACCUCUCGCCACGCUCCAACCCCACGACACCCUCGCCCACCAACUCCCCGUUCCCUUCCCCGCUCAACACCCCGACGCACGGGGUGAUGGUGAACGGAUUCCCGUUCCUCAAUACCAGCCCCGGCAUCACCAAGAAGGUGCUUCACCCACCAAUCACCAACAGUGGGGAGGAAGGCAUUGUGGGUGCAGAAUGAUCGCAAGGCGGUUCCCACACAAGGCGGCCGCGCGGUGCCUGCUUUUGGAGGGACGGGAACUCAGCAGACGGCCAUUUAGCCAGCACCUCUUAGAUAACAAAAAAAAAAAAAUGUAGCGCUAGAUUUUCGGCGUUACCUAAGGAAGGUCAAUAUGGGCCACAAAUCGGAUAUGAGAGCCGCAUCAGUGUUUGGCCGAGUCUUGCGUUCUCACCAACUCAAUGUCUGUUUCAGCCAAAUGCUUACGCAGCACUCAUGUCAGAUCUGCCCCCCUGUUGGCAUUGGUCUUCUGCAGGUGACAUUGAGAAUUCAGCACUGCAGCUUCGUUAUUUCGGAGGCGUUGAUCCACCAUUUUCUGGACAACAUGGUGUAGUGCUCGAUUUUUUGUCACCUACUGCAUGGCCAGCACGGGUCACAUAAUGGGCAUGAAUGCUGCAUUAGCGUUUGGCUCUGACUUGCAUUCUUACUGACUGAACACGAGCUCCAGUCGAAUGCUGAUGCUGCACUUAUGUCCAAUCUAUGCCCUGGGUUGCUCUCCGGUAAGUGGUGCAGAAAAUCCAGCACUGUGGCCUUGCUCCCUAGAAGGUGUGGGUUUAACUUUCAUCAGAGGCUGGCUCAUUUGCUCUUUGGGGAGGCGAAGAAGCUUUUCCGACAGUUCCGUUAGUGUUUGCUGCCAGACUUUUACAGACUGAGUGGAUGAAACUGAGCCCUGAUUUGUGCAAUAUGUUGUUUAGUUGCCACUUUUUAAAGAUACGCUGAAGUGAAUGCGAAAGUUCAAUUUUCUUGCUGACAGCAGCCCGCCGUCAGAAGUGGUCUCUUGGGGAAGAGGCCAAACUAUUUUGACAGUUGUGUUAUAUUUUUUCUGGACCCGCAAAUAUCCUGAGGUGAAAUUGACAAGCUGAAAGAGUGCUUGAAGUUCUUCUUUUGUGCAAUAUGCUGUUUAGUUACUGGGAACACGACAGAAACUUCUGAAGUUCAGUUUUGUGGUUGAGACAUAUAAGGGGUGACAUGUGUAAGGCUGAUCAAGUUUUAAUUCAAACAGAUUGUGAUCAUAAAUUAUUUUAUUAUGCGAUAAAUUGAGGACCAUUUUAAUCCCCGCCUAAGAAGAAAACAAACCUCUUUCUUAAAUUGUAAUAUUGCUUAGUAUCCUUUUAGUUUCCAAAUGGCACUUCCACCUCAUCAUGUCUAAGUGUCAUCAUUGUUAAAGUCGAAGCAUGCAUCCCUCUAAACAUUUUUUGCGCAGGUAGCUGUAGGCAUCAGACAUGAUCAUCACGCUUUUAAAGCAAAAUGUUUUGCAGGAAUUGUAGAAAUACCAUAUUUCUUGUAUUGAUUACGCAGUAUUAAAAUGAUAUUGUUGUCAACUGAUUUAUGCUAUAUCAUGCUGCACAAGUACCAUAAUGCUACUAUUCUGUGUUUGGUGCACUGUGACUAUGAAAUGCAGCAUGCCGUGUUGGUUAUUUGUAGGCUUUCAUCAUGCCAGAAUUGCUGGAAUUUUAAUUUCCUGCAGUUCCAACAUGUCCAACAAGUAUACUGAUGCAAUAAUAGAGGGACUAUUGCAUGCCUUAUUAUAUGGACAAUGUGUGUCGAACAGACUGGAGGUGAUUAUCUAGAUGCUUUGGUUUGCUAGUAGCAUUUUAGGGACACAGGUGUUGCUACAAACCUGACAUCAUGCCUUUCUGAGGCCGCUGCGAUCAUUAUGGAGCUUUGUGUUUAUUGAAUGCAUUUGUGAUACCAGUUUGUCUCUAUAGUUCAUGUUAACAGAAGUUUUGCUUUUAAGUGUUCGUUGACAUAUGUUAAUAAUUUUUUUGCAUUCCCGGCAUUGAAUGUGCUUAAGCAGCACUCAUUAUUCUCUGUGUAUGUUACUCCUCACAGCAACAUGCACAAUACAAAACAAAAACAGUUAAUUAGCAUUUGAUAUUACAUCCUCAUUCGGCAAAUGAACAAGAUACCACUAGGUCAGUCUUGGAGAAGCAUGGAUUGUUAAAGAGAUCAUGGAAGGGCUUUCGUAUGCAGUCGCAUAUUUAAACAAAAUAGUUUUCAACUACUAGGUUGUUUGAGAACAACUAAAAAGAUACAGUUCAUUCAAACAUACAUAUGACAUCUUGGUAGACAACAAUAAAACACCAGGUCACUUCAGGGGGAAAGCAUGAGUUGUUAAACGAACUGUGAAGUUGUUUUCAUAGGGCAUGCUUAUUAAAACAUAAUAGUUUUUAGCUGGAAGAUUUGUAACUUUAAAGAAAUUGUUUCGUGGUUCCCUGAGGUGACCAAAUCUAAGGGUCUUGUUUUUCCAACCAAACUUCAUAAGACUCUUAGACGUCCCGCCAUCCUCUUUCCUCGAGAAAUCUCCUUCGUGCAGACUAUAUACUCCCCAAAGAUGCAGAGACAAAGUUACGAGGUAAUCAGACUAGCCUCACAAAAAGACGCAAAGCGGUUUUCGACACAUUCCCUCUCUCCAAGAGCGUGCGACGAAGAACACAAUGAGGGCAGUUGCGCACACAACGAUGGUACGCGCAGUGCGAAGGUUGAGGGAAACCCUUCGUGUAAUUUGGCGUACCAAAGUCAUUCCAGAGUGUAAUCUUAUUUUGUCGCAGCAACUGCUCCUGUACAAAAUGGCAGAGACUUUGAAAGACUGUUUCUUGUAGAAGUUCCAGUUACUCCCGUGUAAAGUGUUCCCCCUUUUUAAUUUUUUUUUCGACGUUGUUAUACUAUGGUUUUGUGAUACAUUCCUGCCCCCUCUCUUAUAGAGCAGAUUACCGAAACAGAGGCAUAUGUAUAGUUCUGUUUUGUCCGCUGGUUUUACAGGCAUGCCUUGAUUUCUAGCAAAUAAAAAAAAAGGAACUCUGGCA